AUGUUAUGUUUUUUUGUUUUUUUUUUCUGCAGGCCUCCCAGCACAGCAAAGUCCAUCUCCAUCUCAGGACGAGAACACACCCUGCAGCUGGACUGUAAGGGGGAGGGAACAGCUGAGCCUGGCCCCACUGGAGGGGUUUCACUGGGACGGUCCGCCAAGCCCCGGCCCUCCAUCAUCAGCUCAGGUCUUCUUGAUGAAUCCGAGGUGAAUCAUCAGUCUGGUUCUGCUGAAAUCUUCCAGUCUGGUCACUCCCGUAACUCCAGCUACGCCAGCCAGCAGAGCAAAAUCUCAGGCUACAGCACGGAGCACUCCUGCUCCUCCAGCCUGUCUGACCUCACCCAUCGCAGGAACACCUCGACAGGGAGCAGCACCUCCGGGUGCCUGGGCUUCACGGCCGACACACCCGCAGAGGGCGACAAGGACGCCGGACGUCCAGAGAGACCCCCCAGACCCCCGCGGCCUGUCUUACCCCUGAACAGGCUCUCCAGGAGGAAGCAGGACUCAGUGGAGAGUCACCCGUGUUGGGUCAAUGACACUCGUAUGGACGCGGACGACAUCGUGGAGAAAAUUGUCCAGAGCCAAAACUUUGCAGAUGUCAACAACACUGAAGACAGUAACCUGCGUCUGUUUGUGAACAGAGAUGGAACCACUGCGCUCAGCGGCAUCAUGCUCGGAAACAGGGUGUCUGCAGGCGGGUACGAGCCUGUGGUCAUUGAGAGCCAUUAAACCGAGAGGCAGGAAGAGGCGGCGUGAUGAUCUGAGGGGUCGUCCUGUCUUCUUCUCCUUCUUCUUCUCUGGUUGUCCCAGGGCUUCAGCUGGUCUGGACGCCUUGAAGGGACGGACCUCGUCAGUUUGCACUUUAUGUGAAAUGUGCGGCAGUUCUUGCCUCCACUCCGUUCAGAGGUGUUUGUGAUGUUGAGGGCUACAGUUUCAUGUUACAGAUGCCGAAAAUCAUCCACGUGUCCCCCCCGGUCAUCGUUGGUCAACAGAAAUUCAAAGUCGAGACUAAAACUGAAAGCAACAAGGAGAAGUUAAAUAAGUGUGUGUGUGUGUGUGUGUCUGACUGAAAACAUUCAAAGUCCUGAAAGCUAAAUAUUUUGUAAAAGAUCUAAAUUAAGAUUUUUUUUCCCCGUCUCUUAUUGUUUUGAGCGUCUCCUCCGUUUCCUUUCUUCCUCUUUGUAUUUUUAAAUUUGUGACUUCAGCAGCUUUAAAUCUCCGCAGACUGAAAACCUGCUCGGAAUCAGUGUCAGAUACGGAUUUUGGACGCAGCUACUUGAGGUUGUAAGUGUUAGCAUGAAGCUAAUAUCGGUUUAUAGUCACGUGAGGUAAAGUGUGAACUAAAAGCGAUUUUUUUUUCUGUGUUUCUUCCAAUAAAACACAUUCAGGCCUAAAUGUGAAAUGAUGCAUUUCAGUAACGUCACAUUUCAUUCCUCACUUAUUUAUUCUUAUUUUAUUAUUUCGAUCUUUGGCACUUUGUUUUAUUCUGUGUAGUUAGCAGAACUCUGGUGACUGGUUCGGCUAAAAUUAAUCUUUUUGGACUGAAGCUCAGAGACGACCUGUGGAAAACUGUGUGUGUGUGUGUGUGUGAGUUCUGGAAACUAUAUUAAAAUACAGUUACAGACGGAAAGAAAAAUCCCCCACUGCUAUUAAAACAGUAAGUGAGGCUGAAACUGAAGCUACCUGAUGAUCAGGGGAUGAAUGGAUGAUUUUUAUGUUCAUGCUCACUCGUGGUAACAAACUGGCCAAUUUGUUUAAAGCUUGAUUUAUUCCUCCAGAGUUUACAGAGUUUACACGUCUGCGGAGUCACAGUCAUUCUUCUGUGAACUCCACUUUUUUUCUGUGAGUUACAGGAACUUGUAGCCGCAGUUGAUUAUCAUGUUUCCUAACGGUCUUUACUCGUAGACUGUAAAAUAAAGAUGGACGACACGUCUCCACUUCCUCUCACUAUCGCUUUCACAAACAUCAGUGUGAUAACAACUUCCUAAAAUGACAGGAACUAUCGUUGAGAGAAAAGUUACUUAACGAGCGCGUUGACACGGAGGAGGUGGAGUUCAUGACUUUAGCCAGACCACCAGGAGGCGAUCGAGACACUUUGGCUUCACUUUUGGGAGCCGUCAUGUCGUCCAUCUUUAAAGACAGUCUCGUGUGUGUGUGAUGCUCACAAACACAAUCAAUGUUAACACAGUUGUGUUAUUUCAAACCGUCUGUAAUUUCAUCCCAGUUUGGAUUUCGCGGGUUUCCCUCAAAACUUCUAAACCUGGCGAUUCCCAUCAUCACCAACCUGGGAGGAAAUAAUUCAGCCAACGCUGAACGUCAGGAGUUUAUAAAAACCACUGAUCGACUGACUCACUUUACAUGUUCUGUGUUCCCUGUUGAUCGGGGGCGUGUCGUGGAGCCACUUUGUGCCUGUGGAGUUUCUCUUAAAUGACCCUGAAGCACCAUGACGAGUGUGAUAACCGAGUGCUGUGAUGGUGAGGAGAGAAACCUUUGUUUGUUCGGUUUCUCUUUUUGUUUUGUUGUUGUUAAGACUGUGCUUGAUUACUGAGCUGCUGCUGCUGCUGCUGAACUGUCGCUCCGUUUCCCGGGUUCACUGGGAAAAAUAGUGUCAAAUAUUCCUCCUCACUGCUCAGCCGUCAGAAGUUCAAACCAAAUGUGCGCUCAGCUGGAAAACACUCGUUCCGUGGUACAAACUGUUCUGUGUUCAGAGACGAGGGAGUUUCUGCAGUGACUGUAAAAGUCUUUGUUGCCCCCUGGUGGAGCAUCGCCUGCUGUUGCAUGAGUUCAGGGCCCUCUGUGUUUACAGGGAUGUUUACGUGAAGUCAGAUGAACGAACGUCAGGCAGAGGAAUCGUAAUGUCACAAACCAGCCGGCUGGUUGAGGCAGUAGAUUUUUUCUUUGUUUGGUUUAGAAGCAGAUUUUGUUAGUUUUUUUUUAAAAAGUUUUUUUGAACGAGAUGGAAGCAGGAGGAUUUUAUUUUGAGUCUUCCGACAUUUUUCUUUUUUGUGAAAGUGGAGAAAAGCAAGAAAUGACUCAUACAUUUGAAUUGAAUUGAGUUUAAUAACACGAUGCUUCUUCAAAACUGCAAAUGGAACUUGGAACCAGCUAAUAAUUAACAAUUAACGGAUUCAACAUCCAUGAGAAAACACUGCUGAUUGACGUCAACUUUCAAUCUCAGAAAAACUAAGACGACCCUUUGGCGGCACGUUUUUAUCAACGACCUUUAAUUCCUCGUUCUGUAUCAGUGGACUUUCUUUCCCGGUGAAGCAGCAGUUUUUCUUUUUCUCGUUUCACAUUUUCGUCACUGCGUUGGUUGAUUUCUUCACACGACACGUUUGUUCAUGAAUCACGUUGUUAGUUAUUCUCACGUUUGGGGAUGAACCACUGAUCGUAUAGUCUGACUUUGGGUUUAUGUCGCCACAGCCUUUAGUUUUUUUUUCUUUUAAAGCAUUUAUUUAUAUAUUUUUUAUUCUUUUCAUUUCAUUGGAUCUUGGUUGUCUGGAGGUUGGUUAUAAGCUAUGCACACAACUCAUCUCCUGGAGCUUUUUCUUUUGUUCUAAUAGUACAUUUAACAAAUUAUUGUAACAAAGCUAGUAUAACCUAAAUCUAUAAGAGAGUUGGAGUUGUUCUUCCAAUCACCUCGUAGUUACUGCCAUCUUUUAUUUUUUUGCAGAAAUUAUUUCUAAACAAUAAAAAUCUA